GUGUCUGAGAAAAUAACUACUUCGGAGGAGUUCAGCUUGCAAUGGCGGCAGACCAACUCGUGGGCUCCGAGAUGCAUGGAUUCCAUACUUUGCAAGAUUUAGAUAUUGGGAAUAUUGUGAAAGACGCCGGAAGAAGAUGGCUCUGCGGUGAUGAAAUUUAUGCAAUAAUCUGUAAUCACAAGCAUUUCUGCGUCUAUAGCUGUCCAGUGAAUUUGCCCAAAAGUGGCGCUAUUUUACUUUUUGACUGUAAGAGGCAAAGGUACUUCAGGCAGGAUGGUCAUAACUGGAAGAAGAAAAAGGAUGGCAAGACUGUCAAUGAAUCUAAUGAACGCUUAAAAGUUGGUAAUCAAGUAAGGAUCCAAGUAUGCUAUGUGCAUGGCCAAUAUAACCCGACCUUUGCUCGCAGGUGUUACAGGCUUCUUGACAAGAACCCAGAACAAGACAUAGUCCUUGUUCAUUAUCGUGAACUAAAGGAGGAAUCUGGCGAUAAGCAUGUAUAUUAUGCUGGCGGCAAAGACUUUUUAGAAUCAACAGGGCUUGGUGACAAUUUAACGGUCCAGAAUCACGAAUGGAGGCGUCAUGAGAUUUAUCCAAUGAAACGGGAUGAACUCCUACUUAUAAAUGAUUCUAACAACUCAACUGCACCUAAAGAAGAUGAAGUUUCAAGCUUUGAUCAAUCAAAUCAAAUUGAGGUAAAUGACUACUCAUAUGAUAAGAAGAGACAGCGAGAGGAUGUGAACGCCCAGCCAGAAGGGAGUGGUUCUGAGGAUAAGCGUAGGAGGUUUCCUACUUUCUGGGAUGUGGUCUGCGAAUUUAAGAAGAGGCAAUCAGUCCAGAAUUUUCUAGAGCCAAUUCUAGAAUCCGUGAUUCGUAGAGUGGUCAACGAGGUAUUUGAGAAGCAUUUAGACAACAUGAAACAGAAUUGUGGGAAUGAGGCAACUACUUCCGAGUCAAGAAGCUUACAUGUGAACUUCACUGACAACCUCUCUCCCCCAGUAUUUUCUGGAGCUGAAAUUGAAGGAGAAGGUUGCUCUAACAUACAAGUAGCUUUGGUUGAUGCUCAUAUUGAUCAACAACCUCUCUCUUAUGACGGGGAGGCUAGCUUUCCCUGGACAGAGAGCCCUCCCAAGUUUUUGGCUUCUGGUGAGAUUGGUGAAUUUGAUUAUACCCAACAGUGUGCAGCUUCUCCAGAUACCUUUUCUGUUUUGGAUGAGCAUGGCUUGGACAAUUUGGACAAUAUGGGUCUCAGAUAUGACCAGGCUUUGAGUUUCCCAGACCAAGUCACCAGCUCCCUACCUUUGUGUGAUGAGGAUCAUCCGCAAUUUAUCGAUACUGCUAUUUACUUUGAGAACCUCGAGUUAGAAUCAUCCUGGGAACUACAGUGUGCCGUCGACAACUUCCUGUCGGCGGCACGUUCUACAGCUGUUGCUCAGAUGAGAUGGACAAAGGUAUUCAGCGUGUUUAAGUGGUUCUCACUUCAGAAGGCUGUAAUUGUUAAAAAAAAGGAUAUAUUAUAUAUAAAAAAAUAAAAAUAAAAGAGAGAUAGAUUGCUGCCCAUUUAAUUUUGCGUGCAGUUGUAGUGAGACGAGUUGGAGGUCUAGCUUUUUAGAUGUGUUUGGAAGUGUGCCCUAAACUUCAAUGUAUAUUAGACAUAUAUAAUUGCUUAUUGUUC